AAUUCAGUGAAAUAUUUAGUCCACAACACACAUAUAAGUCAAUAAACAUCCAAGGAACAUAGUAGUAUCAUUUACAAGUAGCCAACAAAUCUAUCAAAUCUACGACGCAUUCGGUGGUUUAGCGUCUCUUCACUUGUAAACAUUGCCGAUUUGAUAAUGUCAAAAUGGCCCCCAACCUCUGCCCUUUCGAUUGACACCUCAUUUGAGCCAAUAGGUGCAUCUUAGAGGUGGCAACAGCCAGCAAUACUAAUGGAACGCCCAGGAGCGAGGAUGGGACCAUCCUCUAUUUGAUUGACAGUAGAUCGAUCCUGUCGCGUUAGAGUUUACUUCUGAUGGGCGUAUCAGAUAGCCAAUAAGAUUCUGAAAAGUUUGAUAUGCAGCUUCACGGGAAAGAUUCAACCAAUAGGAAGAUAGGUCCCUGCAAAAACACCUGGUUGGUUGUGCGUAAAAUCAGACAGUGAUUCGCUACCGUGCGCAACAACUGCUAGGGAAGAGUUUGAUAAGAUAAAACGUUGUACAAUUGGAAAAUGUCUAAAAGAGUAAGCAAAAGAAACUUCUCUCUUGAAGAAGUUGUCGAACAAUGCACAAGGCGUGAGAGUGAUUUAUCUGAGGAAGAUAUUUCGGAGGAAGAGAGCGAUGUUUCGUCCGGCGUCGACUCAGUAGCGGAGGAAAUAUUUUUGGAUGGCGGAGAUGUCACACUCGACAAAGAAUCAUCUGACAGUGAAUCAGAUGAAGACUGGAUGCCUGUCAGCAAAAAAGCACUUGUUGAAGGACAUGAUGACAGCACCUCAUCAGGAGAGGAGCCUCUUCCCUCAACUUCCCAGAGAGGUUCUGCAACCAGAAGACCAAGAGGCAGAGGCAGAGGGAGAGGGAGAGGAAGAGGUACUGUACGAGGGAGAGGAAGAAGUGGCAGCAGAAGCAGUGAAGCAGAGAUGUCAACCAGCACAUCUGAGGAGAGAUGGAAUGAUGUUGAUAUUCCAGACGUGACACCACAACAGCCCACCUUCAGACCCACCAAUUCACCCGGACCUAAGGUGAUCUCGACAGCUACAUACACAGUUUUACAGCUUUUUCAACUUUUUUUUACAAACUCCACAUUACGUACAAUUAUUCAAAACACCAAUGACUAUGGCUCAACUCAUUACUCGAAGCCCUCCAACCCGUGGAUAGAUGUGACAUUAGAAGAUAUGUUUGCUUUCAUUGCCAUGGUCAUUUAUAUGGGUCUUGUCAAACUCCCUGCGCUAACUGAUUUCUGGCGAGGGGGUAACCUAUACAGCUUGCCAUUCCCUAAAAGUCUUAUGACAGGAAAGAAAUUUCUUAGGAUCUGCCACUCCCUUCACAUCAGUAGCUUGGUGGAUGAUGCUGCCAAUGAGCAAAGAAGAGGUACGGCAGAAUUUGACCGACUGUGCAAAAUAAAGCCACUGUAUGUUGAAAUAAGGAAUGCCUGCAAAGCAAACUAUCACCCUGGCCAGGAAAUUUCAAUAGAUGAGCGGAUGGUUGCCUCUAAAGCACGUAUUGGGCUGAAACAAUACAUGAAAAAUAAGCCUGUUCGCUGGGGGUAUAAACUUUUUGUUUUGGCAGACUCCAGCAAUGGCUAUACAUGGGACUUCUUUGUAUAUGAGGGGAAGCUGCAGGGAAACAGUGGCAAGGGGCUCAGUUAUGAGUCUGUUAUGGAGCUUGUUGACACACAAUUGCUUGGCACUGGAUACAAGCUGUAUGUUGACAACUUCUACACAAGUCCCUCCCUUUUCUGUGACCUCCUUCAAAAGAAGAUUUGGGCAUGCGGAACCAUCCGGACAAAUAGAAUUGGCUUUCCAAAAACCAAAACAAAUAGUCUGGACUCUAAAUCUCCCCGUGGCACCAUCCGAUGGAUAAGAAAGGACCCCCUCCUCUUUGUCCAGUGGCGAGACACAAGGGACGUGUUCAUGUGUUCGACACUUCACACAGCCCACGCAGGAGACACUGUUCAGCGGAGAGUCAGAGAUGCAAAUGGGCACUGGGUGUUGAAGGACAUCUGUGUUCCACCAGCAGUGAAGGAGUACAACCGGUGCAUGGGUGGAGUGGACCUUUCCGAUGCUCUAAUCAGCUACUAUAAGGUGAUCCACAAAACCCAGAAGUGGUAUAAGACCUUUUUUUAUCAUUUUUUAGACAUUGCCAUUGUAAAUGCCUUCCUGGUUUACAAGCACAUCGCAAAAGGCAAAGGGGAGGUACCAAUGCACCAGAAGGCAUUUAGAGAGACACUCAUUGAAGAGCUGGCAGCAGCGGCUGCUGGCAUACCCGCUCCAUCACCCGCUUCACACAGAGCACAUCACAAACCAAUGCAUAUUAGUGGAGACAGCACCACAGGUCGUCUAAGGUGCAGGCACUGCCAUGCAAAGACUCCAGUAAAAUGUUCAUCAUGUGAUGUGCCUUUGUGCUUUUUGCCAAGCCGUGACUGUUACAACGCGUGGCAUGUUGCCAAUAACCUGUAACGCUACUGUAAAAUUUGUAAAUAGUUUGCGUUUUAUAUUAUUCAGAGUGUGUUUUUCUAAUAUUAAAGUAUUUUAUUACUUUA